GAUGACCAUACCUUUGUUUUAAAGGUGGCAGAGUGGGUCGCACGGUGUGCGAUCAGUCCCUUAAAAAAUAAAAGCCCCAGUAGCGGCCACUGCUAACUGCUUAGCAGCACAGAAACGAUCCAUCCCCCAACUAGAUGUGCUGAAGGAAGACGCUCUACAGUCGCACCGAGGACACACUCCGAGCUUCUGUUUUUAUUUCAAAGCAGUCUGAGUUUGAAGGAAGACUCCUGCACCGUGAAAACAGCACUGGAGCUUUUUUAUUUCACUACAAGACGGCAACUAAAGUUUGGAAGUUGGCAGGUCGUGGCCCUGCGAUUGACUCAGAAUGAUAACCCGUGUUUAUCUGCGGCGCUGAAGUUUGACAAUCCGACUCAUUGGAGCCCAGGCUGGUGUCGAGUGAAGUGUGGUUGUUGAGCAGGGGUGUGUGUGUGUGUGUGCGCGCUCAGUCUCGCUGACGGUAGCUCUUUAGUUUUAAGCUCCCCUCUUUUUAUCCGUAUAGUUCAGAUCCGUUGCUGGUCGAAGGUCCUUAUCUGGAAACAUUCAGUAGCAAAUGUGCUUCCUGUCUUGUACGUUUGAACGAGUCGGGAAUAGAUCCUCGCUGUCCCACAAUGCCCGAUUUCUUUUCGCCCUGAGGCAGUUCAAUGGUGCACUUUGACCAAACUGGGGAAUCGGGGCUAUUCCCGUUUUAAAUAACUAUUCGGUACCUGUUGACUCGUACGCGUAAAUACGCCACUUUGAUUUUUGCGCAAGGAAUAGAUCUGUCCGGCAACAUUUAAAGCUAAAGUGUUCUUGAAUAAUCCCGAUUAGUUCUUUUGAUAUUUGACUGCGCUGGAGGAGAAAAUGAACGUGUAUAUAGUCAGCCUUUUCCUCACUUUGGAUUUAGCCACUGUGGCUCUUAGUCUGUCUACGUGCAGUACGCUGGACAUGGACCAGUUCAAGAAAAAGCGCAUCGAAGCCGUCCGAGGGCAGAUUCUGAGUAAGCUGAAACUCACUGCACCCCCAGAGGACUUUCCUGAACCCGAGGAGGUUUCCCGGGACAUUGUCGCGAUCUAUAACAGCACCCGGGAUUUACUGCAAGAAAAAGCGAAUGAACGGGCAGCGACUUGCGAACGGCAGCGCAGCGAGGAGGAGUAUUACGCCAAAGAAGUGCACAAGAUCGACAUGCAGCCCUUCUACCCGUCAGAGAAUGCUAUUUCUGCCACAAUUUUCAACCCUUACUUCCGGCGGCUGACUUUUGAUUUGUCCUCUAUGGAGAAGAAUGCCUCCAACUUGGUAAAGGCAGAGCUCAGGAUCUUCCGUCUUCAAAACCCCGGAGCCCAAGCGUCGGAGCAACGUAUCGAGCUUUAUCAGAUUUUAGGACACAAAGACCUCACAUCACCAACACAGCGGUAUAUUGACAGCAAGGUGAUACAAACACAAACAGAGGGGGAGUGGCUAUCGUUUGAUGUUACAGAAGCAGUUAGUGAAUGGCUGAACCACAGGGACCGAAACAGUGGAUUCAAGAUCAGUCUGCACUGCCCAUGCUGCACUUUUGUACCAUCAAAUAACUACAUUAUUCCUAAUAAGAGUGAGGAGCUGGAAGCACGAUUUGCAGGUAUUGAUGACAGCUUAAUCCAUGGUCAUGACCUGAAGGUGUUUAAGAACUGGCAGCAAAAUGCUCGGGGUCCACAUCUUCUCCUCAUGCUACUACCUUCAUACCGACUGGAGUCCCAGUCCCAACAUAAAAACCAUCGAACGAAGAGAGCUCUUGAUGCUGCCUACUGCUCCAAAAAUGUUCAGGAUAACUGCUGCUUGCGAUCACUCUACAUUGAUUUUAAGAAGGACCUGGGCUGGAGGUGGAUCCAUGAGCCCAAGGGCUACGAGGCCAACUUCUGUGCUGGAGCCUGUCCCUAUCUGUGGAGUGCGGACACCCAGCAUUCCAAGGUGUUAGGUCUGUAUAACACCAUCAACCCUGAAGCAUCGGCAUCCCCCUGCUGUGUCUCCCAAGACCUGGAGCCUCUUACCAUCCUGUACUACAUCGGCAAGACCCCCAGAAUAGAACAUCUCUCAAAUAUGAAGGUCAAGUCUUGCAAGUGCAGCUAGAAAUCCUUACAACAAAUACACUUUCUUGUGUUUUCAUGUAAACAGUCUCAUACAAACAGAAUGGAGUUUGUUUACAUACAGUCAAAGUGCCACUGUACCUAUUUACUAUUAUUCCUAUGGCAGUAUUUUCACACAGGCAUGGCCAGGAACGGUGUAUCAGAGAAUAAGAGGAACAAUUUGGUGCCAGUUCAGUGCAUACUCAACAUACAGGACCAGUGCAGUGAUAAUACCAAAAACUUGAGUUUGAUACACUAUAUGGACAAAAUAUUGGGUCAUACCUCUUGAACUUUAAAUUCAGGUGUUUUUAGUCCCAUUGCUACAGGUUUCAAAAUAAAGCACCUAGCCAUGAGGUCUGCCUUUAAAACAUUUGUGAAUGAAUGGGUCAAUGAGUGCGAGCAUGGUACUAUACUAGCAUGUCACCACUGAUCAGUUCUUUUGUUCAUAUAGUGCACCAAAACCACAAUUGUUGUAUUUCUGUAUUGCAACAGGUUUUCAAGUAAAAUGGGCUUGUGUGCAGAGGUUUUCAUUAUGACCUCAAUAGUCCAGGUUGUAGUUUUGCCUGAAAUUUGUUGUUCAGUGCCUGGAAUUCCAGGCAUUAAGAGCUGCUGGCUAACCAACAUCAACACAGCUUUUUAUUGCCAGUGUUUCCAUCAUCUGAGUCUGGAGGGGAGUGUAGUUAUUUUUUGGUGCUGUUCCCCUGUAUUACCUUGGUGUCUUUGCAGCUUGAAGCUUUCCCAUAGCUGCAUUUACAGUGAACCUUUUCAGAUUUUCUAAAUUACUGUAUAAAUAUCACCUAAAACAUCAGAUUUUCACAUGCAUCAUCAACAGUGAUGAAAAUAACUCAAAGAAAAAAAAAUCAAAUAAAAAUAUGAAACUUUGGGGGGGGGUUCUUGAGAAAAAAAUAAUCCAAUAUUACAUAUCCAUGAUGAAUAAAAGCAUGUGAACCUUUAGGGUUAGUAGUCAAUUUGUAGCUUAAAUUAGAGUCAGGUGUUUUUUUUCAUUCAGAGGGAGGACCACUGGGUCUGAGCGUGUAGUCGGAUUUAUUUUAAGAAUCGAGGUCUGUCAGAGACGAAUUUUCACAACACAGAAGUGAAUCGUGGCACAAACAAAGGAAACUUUUGAGAGCCUCAGAAAGAGUUGAUGCUCAUUAGGCUGAAAACAGAUUACAGAAUAAUCUCUAACGAGUCUGCAUCCCAGCAGAGGGAGAGAAUAUGUACAAAUGAAUGAAAUUCAAGAUCAUUGUUAUCCUUCCUAAGAAAGAUCACUAAACAAAAUCACUCUAAGAGUGAGGUGUGUAACAGUGUGGGAAGGGGCAAAGGAACCUAGAGUAACUAAUAAGCAACUUAUCCAUCCUUCUCACACUGUUUAAUGGUGAGUCCACCAUGAGAACAUUGAACAACUAAGCUGCAAGAACCAAAGCAAUUCCCUUCCCAUCUGUGUAACAUGUUUCUCAAAGUGGGCCUGUGGUUCUGCAGGGGAGCCAGUUUGGGCCAUAAUAUUCCAACAUUCCACUCUGUCCAUAAAUUAAAUUUCACAAGAACGCGGAUCAUACAGGAAGCUGACAACCCCAAGAACACAAGGAAGACUAAAGAUAAUGUUUUGGACUGGCCAAGCAAAAGACUUAAAUCCAACGGAAAUAAUGAUUAAUAGAAGUUGACAUAGUUUUCUCCCUUACAGAUAUGUAAUAUUGGAUUAUUUUCCUCAAUAAAGAAAUCACUGAGUCUAGUAUUUACAGUUCAUUUAUUUUACUGGGUCUUCUUCAUCCACUUCUAGGGGUUUUGUUAAAACCCAAUAGUGUUUUAAAUUAAAAAAAACAAAACAUUUAAGCAGUCAGUUAGGCUAUUAAAUUCCUGCCAAGCAGAUCACAUUUGCACUGUCUAAUGUUGAGUGUGACAUCAAAUUUCAGCUGGCAAAACACAUUUGACAAUAACAGCAGGAGAAAAAUGUGAAUCAGUGGUAUAAAAAGCAUUUAAAAUUCCACGUAAAGUAGCUACAAAUGCGUACAGGGACACAGGCAGGGCUUUGGUGAAGAUAGGGUCUCUCUUGCAUUCUGAAUUCACCAUGUAGCACCUACACAUGAGAAUAAGGCGAACACUGGAAGUGUAAGUGAUAUGUGUAUAUAUGUGAAAUAAGUACUUAAAAAAGUAGAUCCACUCCAUGCCUACCCAACACUUCGCUUUCCAUCACCUCACCCUUAAACAGUUAUAACAGGCACAAUAUCACAAUCUUAUUCAUCAUUAUUUAUUUGAUUCCUUGAGUACUUUUCUGAAGUUUUCAUUGAUCUGAUAUUUAAGAUUUUGUAAUGUCCAAUCAGCAAUGCAGUAACCUUGCAGUGCUAAUAUAUAAUAUCUACUCCAUUUUGUAGUUUAUGUAUGGAAAACAUUGAUUUUGAUUAAACCGUCAUAAGAGGGAAUAUGAUAUUAUGUUGGAGUUGAAAAGAGUAUUUCUGGUUUAUUAUGGCAAUAGUAUUAAUUUUUUAGUUGGUUGUCAUUUAUAUUAUAAAACAUUUCUUUCAAAGGUAAGAAAACAAUUUACAAUCAUAGAGAUAUUUGUAAUAACAUUUAAUUGCUUAAGUUACAGGAUGGUGCUAAAAUUUUAUGAAGUUAACAUUUUGUAUAUAUAUUUAUUUUUAGCUUUAUCAGGUUUUAACAAGCCCCAUUUACCAAGCCACGUUUGAUAAAAACUACAGAUAAAAUGCAUGCUCCAGUAUCUUUUGAAAUAUAUUUUCUGCCAGAUUACGUUUGUUUGUGAAGUAUCACAAAUGCAGUACUUGUAAUCAACAUUUCAUGCAUCCAAUUAUAUAUUAUGAAGUUAACUUUUCUCCCUGGAAGAAGUUGUUACACUGAAGGUGUCGUGGAUAAGAAACCAACAGUUAAAAUGAAACGCUCCUAUCAUUUUGUACAGGCUUCAUGGUUUUUAGACAGUAGGACUGUAGUUUUUCAAUUGGUUGGUUAAUCAUACUACAUUUUCAUUGGUCAGACAGUGUGACUUUCAUAAGAAACAAAAUGUUACAUAAUUGUCCUUGCAGGGUGAAUCAGUGGUUUUACUUUGUAAAGCAUCCUGUCUUUUCACAACUGCAACUUCACCCAACCUAAUGGAAACUGAUAAUAAUGUUUACUUCGCUCCAAAUGAAGUGGCGAAACAAACGAUUGGUGUAGCUAAAUAUGUCCAUGUUAACAGCAGUUUGCAGAUCACAGAUCAAACAGCAUGCUAAUCUGCAGUGGCUUCAUUUUAACACUUAAACAUCAGAAUUUGGCACAUUUCCAUUAUGCUUGGUCUUUGGUGCAGCUGUAAUGGAUAAAUAGUUUCCCUUCAGAGGUUUUUUUUUUUAAAUUAUUUUCAUGAAAAUUGUCAGCUUUUGGAAUUUAGAUGAACUGGCAACUGGCCCCUUUAAACAGCCCAGAGUUUAGAUUCUAAAUAAUGUUUAUUUAUGAUCCCAAGUUUGUAUAUUUCUAUGCUGUUAAAAAAUACAUUUACAUGUUUAUUUAUAAUGUCCAAAUUUCUGAAACAGAGAAAUCUGUUCACAUGUAAUGACAAGUAAUAAUGUGUUUUCAUCAUUAACAGGUUACAUGUUGCCAAGUUAGUUACUUAAUAAUUAGAGAUCAUAGUCUAUGUAUAAUUAUGAAAUCAGAAACUAACAAAAAAAAAAAAAAAAGGUUGACAAAAGAAAUAUUUCUGAGUUUCCCAAAAAGAUCGAAGUGAGAAUAAAACAAAAAUGUCCUUUCUUGUGAUGGAGCUCAGGGCUCAACUUCAUUAAAGUCAGCUUGUCAAUAAAUAAUAACAAUGUAAUGUAUUAUUAAAAAUAUGUUAUUAUAAUUCUAUGUGUCAGCUCACUCUGAGGUAAGUUGUGAUUUAUAAUAGUUUGGUCUGAAAAGAGAAGCCAGUGCAAAAGUACUUUAAA